AUGGCUCAAGACAGCGAAGUGCCCAAGGCGGCCGACAAGGGCAAGGGCAAGGCCGUUGACGACGCCAAGAAGGACAAGCAACAAUCGAAUGGAAAGAAGGAGGACGAGAAGAUCGAGACCGCUGAGGAAGAGCUCAAUGAGGAAGAUCAACAACUCAAGAACGAGCUUGACAUGAUGGUUGAGCGCUUGACUGAGUCGAACCCGGAACUCUACAAGCCCGCCCUGGAAGCAAUGAAGACCUCGAUAAAGACAUCGACGUCAUCCAUGACAGCAGUCCCAAAGCCCCUGAAAUUUCUACGACCACACUACGAGACGUUGACGAAGCUCUACGAACAAUGGCCUCAGAGCGAAGACAAGACCUCGUUGGCUGACGUCCUUUCCGUCAUCGGCAUGACGUUCUCAGACGAGGACCGACAAGACACACUUCAUUACCGACUUCUCGCCCCUACAUCCGACAUCAGCUCAUGGGGCCACGAGUAUACCAGACAUCUUGCCCUGGAGAUUGGAGAGGUGUAUAUCAAGAGGAUCAAUAACGAGGAGCAGACCAAGGACCUGAUCGAUCUUGCGCUUGUCUUGAUCCCUCUUUUCCUCAAGAGCAACGCCGAGGCUGACGCCGUGGAUCUCAUGAGCGAGCUUGAAAUCAUCGAGGAGAUGCCCAAGUUUGUGGAUGAGAAUACAUACGCUCGUGUGUGCCUGUACAUGUCCUCCAUGGUCAACCUCCUAACUUACCCUGACAACGAGACCUUCCUUAAGACCGCGCACGAUAUCUACAUGGAAUACAAGCAAUUUGCGCAGGCCAUUGUUCUUGCAAUUCGACUACACGACAUCGACCUUAUUAGGGCCGACUUCGAGAAAGCCGAAGACCCCGCUCUCAAGAAGCAGCUUGCAUUCCUUAUCGCCCGUCAAAGAAUAGCUCUUGAUAUUGAAGAUGACUCAGACGAGAGCGACGCAAUUACGGAGUCGCUCAGUAACAUCAAGCUAUCAGAGCACUUCAAGGCAUUGGGCAAGGAGCUGAACAUCCUUGAGCCCAAGUCCACUGAGGACAUCUACAAGAGCCAUCUCGAGAGCAGCCGAGUUGCGGGAAUGACUAACUUGGACUCUGCCCGACAUAACCUUGCAGCAGCAUUUGUCAAUGCCUUCGUCAACGCAGGAUUUGGCAACGAUAAGAUGAUGCUUGUUGACGGCGAGAAAGAGACAUGGGUGUGGAAGACCAAGGCUGAUGGCAUGAUGUCUACUGUCGCCUCUAUGGGAACUCUUUUGAUGUGGGAUACUGAAAAUGGGCUUGACAAGAUCGACAAGUAUACCUACUCGACCGAGAACGAGAUCUCGGCCGGCGCUAUGCUCGCUAUCGGAAUUGUGAAUUCUGGCGUGAGAACAGACUCUGACUCUGCUGUUGCUCUCUUGGCCGACCAUGAGAAGCUAAACCAUCCUGAUCCUCUCGUUCGAACAGCUUGCAUCAUGGGUCUGGGACUGGCGUACGCUGGAUCGAACAGGGAGGAUAUUCUCGAGCACCUUCAGCCCAUGAUUUCCGAUUCUUCUUGCGAUAUGCAGAUCUCAGCGAUGGCUGCUCUGUCUUGUGGUCUCAUCUUUACGGGCUCCUCUCACCCUGAGAUCAGCGAAGCUAUUGUCACCACUCUAAUGGACGACGACCGCAAGAACCAACUGACUGAUAAGUGGACACGGUUCUUGGCCCUUGGCCUGGGUCUUCUCUUCUUUGGCCGACAAGAAGAGGUCGAUGUCAUUCUUGAAACCCUCAAAGCCAUUGAGCAUCCUAUGGCCAAGUCUACCGCCGUGAUGGCUGAGAUCUGCGCUUGGGCUGGUACAGGUGCUGUGCUCAAGAUUCAGGAGCUUCUUCAUAUUUGCAAUGAACACCAAGAGGAGACUGACGAGAAGAAGGGCGACGAGCUACUACAGGCAUAUGCCGUCAUCGGCAUUGCCCUUGUGGCCAUGGGCGAGGAUAUUGGCCAAGAAAUGGUUUUGCGACAGUUUGGCCACCUUAUGCACUACGGUGAAGCUAAUAUUCGUAAAGCUGUACCUCUUGCAAUGGGUCUUAUCAGCCCCAGCAACCCUCAAAUGAAGGUCUACGACACUCUGUCAAGGUACAGCCACGACAACGACCCCGAGGUUGCCAUAAACGCCAUCUUUGCCAUGGGUCUUUUGGGUGCUGGCACAAACAACGCUCGAUUGGCCCAGCUACUGCGACAACUCGCCAGCUAUUACCACCGUGAUCAGGACGCCCUCUUCAUGGUGCGAAUUGCUCAGGGUCUCCUCCACAUGGGUAAGGGAACCCUGACAAUCAGCCCCUUCCACACAGACCGACAGGUCCUGUCUCGUGUCUCAGCUGCUGGUCUGCUUGCUACCCUUGUCGCUAUGAUUGAGCCCAAGGAGUUCAUUACCGGCCAGUCACACUACCUACUUUACUUCCUCGUCACCGCCAUGCACCCCCGCUUCCUUGUCACCCUGGACGAGAAUCUUAAACCUCUUAAGGUCAACGUUCGCGUUGGCCAGGCCGUUGACGUCGUAGGCCAAGCUGGUCGUCCCAAGACUAUUACUGGAUGGCAAACUCAGAGCACACCAGUGGUGCUUGGAUAUGGUGAGCGAGCAGAACUCGAAGACGAGGAGUACAUCAGCCUUAACAGCACCCUUGAGGGCUUGGUGAUCUUGCGGAAGAACCCCGAAUGGGAAGCGGAGAAAUAG